CGCCUCGCCUCAUCUCAUUCACUCCCCUCAGAGGCGGGGAGAAGAUUGUGGGGUAGCUGCCGCGUUUCCGCUUCGCCUCCGUCGGGAAUCGGGACGGCCGUUGGGGGCCUGAGACCAGGAUGAGUGUCCACUAAUAUGGCUCUGCAGUGUAAGAUUCAGACCUUGCAGGUGGUUGACACAGAAUACAGUGCUGAUGCUGUAGAGUGGUGCCCUGUGGAGGGCUGGCACAGCAUCCUGGCAUGUGGCACCUACCAACUCAAGAAACCUGACAGCAAUCCUGGUGAGAGCCCUGAAGGGAACAAUGAGCCCCAUGUGCGCUUGGGCCGCCUCUACCUGUAUUACUUCGGAGAACAAAUUUUCACACCACUGACUGAGAUCCAAAGGCUGGAAAUGGCUGCCCUGCUGGACAUUAAAUGGUGCCACGUUCCCAUUGCAGAACAUCCUGUUCUGGGCACUGCAAAUGCUAAGGGAGCAGUGGAACUCUCCCGCUUAACAGGAAGUGAGAAGAGCUGCAAGCUGGAACCAUUGUGCAGCGCUGACCUGGGAGCCGAAUGCCUUGCCUUAUCUCUUGAUUGGUCCACAGGACGGGAGCAGCGUGGCUGCCCACUGCAGUUGAUCAGCAGUGAUUCAAAAGGGAGGCUGAACUUGCUGUCCAUUGAUGAAUCUGCCUCCCUCCACAUAUUGGAACAGUGGAAGGCACAUGACUUUGAGGCCUGGAUUGCUGCAUUUGACUACUGGAACACAUCUAUUGUAUAUUCAGGUGGAGAUGAUUGCAAGCUACGGGGAUGGGACAUCCGGAGCAGCCCGAGGGCUCCCAUCUUCACUAGUGAGAGGCAUUCAAUGGGAGUCUGCAGUAUUCAGAGCCAUCCACUCCGGGAGGAUCUGCUGGCCACAGGCAGCUACGAUGAACAUGUCAUCCUGUGGGAUACCCGGAAUAUGAAGCAGCCACUGGCGGACACCCAUGUGCAGGGUGGAGUUUGGAGGUUAAAGUGGCAUCCAACACAGGAGCACUUACUGCUGGCAGCCUGCAUGCACAAUGGCUUCAAAAUCCUCAACUGCCAAGGCUGUAUGGUGGAGAACAAAGAGGAAUGCACUGUUCUUUCAUCUUAUAUCUUGCAUAAUUCCUUGGCUUAUGGAGCUGAUUGGUCAAGGCUUUCUCUGAGCGACCCCUUGGAGCUAUCUGCAGUGAUGCCUGUAGUUCCUAUGGAGCAAGAAGCAAGGCGAGUGGAUCUCAAAGUCCAGAACCUGAAGAUAGUUUACGAAUCCCCUACAGCCACCUUUGAUGUGGUGUUGGAGGAAGAGGAUCAAACCCCUGGUUUGCCGAUCCAAGCAGAAAGUAGCUUUGACCUGCUGGGACCACAUACUGAUGAAAAAGGUUCAGAAACCAAAGCACACAGUGAAACUGACUUGGUCAAAGUCAAAAAAGAGACCAGCCUUUUAGCAACAUGUUCUUUUUAUGACAGUGUCCUACAUGUUUGGAAAUGGGAGGCUAGUCAGACUGCCACUUUGUCCUGAACAUUGUGUGCUAAUUAAUUGUAUGCCUGCCUUUUUCAGUAGCAGGCCUUUUUAGUACUAGGGUUUGAAAGACAGAUAUAGAUUUUUGGUAGGAAGGCCCUGAUGGAGUUCCUAUCACCUCUUCUAUAUCACAUUUCCAGCUUUAUUCCUGGGAGUCUUUCAUCGCUCUGAGAGCUUUGAAGACUCCUCAGACACUUCAGGGAUGUGUUCUCUCCCUUCUCCAUCCAUUUUAAUCUUUGCUGCAGAAAUAAGAUUACAGUAUUACACUGAUGAAGUUCUUAUUCCACUGUAUAUUUUACAGACAGCAGUUCUUCUUAGUUUGGGGUUAAAGUAGGGUUUCCAUAUUUCAGAAAGUGAGAAAUCAAACAGAAAAGUUGCUGAGCUUUCUUCGGGCCAAAGUUGUUGAGCUACUUUUAAUGAAAUUGCCAAAAACAACACUGCCAACUUGGGUUGCCAUGCGUCUGAUUUUCCUGUGCGUUUAAGCGAUUUCCACCUGGACACUGUUUCCGAUAGCCAAUUACCGUCUAUGUCCGGGAAGUUCUGGAUGUAUGGCAACCCUAGUUAAGGUCUCUCUCCCUAUGUGAUCAAGGAGAUCUGAGGAUGAGCAAAAAAAGUUAUGCUACCAGCUAUUCUCUCCUAUUUUUCCAGUGAAGUAAACUUGACUUGCUCUCUAUUAUGCAGCAAGGAAAGCUAUUCCAUACUACUUUGUCCCUCUUGGGGUAAACACAUCCAGGCUACUUUUCUCUCGACACCAGCUGAAAAUAAGUGGCAGCCUGUGUGUGUCUCUUAUUUUGCCUCAUUGUUCAAUAGCCAUCUAAAUGGAGAACUCUUCUCAGUUAAGAACUUGAGGAGGGAGGGGAUAUGCUAAAAUACAGAGCAGCACUUGUUUCAUGCUUCUAUUGUCUACCUCCCCCUCACAGGAAAGGCAAAGUAUCACUCUGGCUUUAUGCUUCAGGUUUUGUUGAAUAUGUUACUGGGAACACAUAAGCUAAGGAGAAAAUGGAUGCAAGUUACUUGUGCAUUUCCAUAUCACAGAAGUGAACAACACCAGCAACAAUCAGUGCUAAGAGUGGGGUACUUGCCUAAAACCCUGAAAUGGCCCUUGCAAGUUCCUCAAUGCUGCAUAAACUCAUGCUGCAGGACAGACUUGUAGUUUGAGACACUACAAUGUAGGGUAUUUGUGUAUAAAUACGCACAUCAGUAUUGUA